UCAUUUAUGUAUUUUAUAAAUUAUUCCAGUUAAAUAUUACAUAUAAAGGUCAGCAACAGUUAUGCCCCUUACAAUUUAGAGCUCUCUUGUGUGUUUUGGUCGCUACGAACAUGAUGCAACCACAGAUUAUUUUGCUUAAGGAGGGGACUGACUCCUCACAAGGAGUCCCCCAGAUUAUCAGCAACAUCAAUGCCUGUCAGUGUGUAGCUGAUGCAGUAAGAACCACUCUAGGCCCCAGGGGCAUGGACAAACUCAUCAUCAAUGACCAAGGAAAAUCCAUAAUCUCAAAUGAUGGAGCCACAAUUUUGAAGAACUUGGACAUUGUUCAUCCUGCAGCUAAAACACUGGUAGACAUUGCAAAGUCUCAAGAUGCAGAGGUUGGUGAUGGCACAACAUCAGUAGUUUUGUUAGCUGGUGAAUUUCUUAAACAGACCAAACCUUUUGUAGAAGAAUAUGUUCAUCCCCAGAUCAUUGUCAGGGCAUUCAGGAAAGCCACAUCUCUAGCUGUUCAACGAAUUAAAGAAAUUUCUGUGAAAGUGAAGAAAGAUGACAAAGGUGAACACAGACAAUUGUUGGAAAAGUGUGCUGCAACGACAUUGAGUUCAAAACUUGUCGCUCAUCAGAAAGACUUUUUUGCCAAGAUGGUUGUAGAUGCUGUCAUGCUUCUAGAUGAAUUACUUCCCCUGAAUAUGAUUGGUGUAAAGAAAGUCACAGGGGGAGGCUUGGAGGACUCCAUGCUGGUUGCUGGUGUUGCAUUUAAGAAAACUUUCAGUUAUGCUGGAUUUGAAAUGCAGCCUAAGAGAUACGAAAAACCAAAGAUAUCUCUGCUGAAUGUAGAGCUGGAGCUCAAAGCAGAGAAAGAGAAUGCAGAAAUCCGAGUGGACAAUGUCCAGGAAUAUCAGUCCAUUGUUGAUGCAGAGUGGAAAAUCUUGUAUGAAAAAUUGGACCAAAUUCACAAUAGUGGAGCCAAGGUUGUUUUAUCAAAGCUCCCUAUAGGGGAUGUUGCUACCCAGUAUUUUGCAGACAGAGACAUGUUCUGUGCAGGCCGAGUUGCUGAGGAGGAUCUAAAGAGAACGAUGAAGGCGUGUGGAGGAUCCAUACAGAGCACCUGUCAGAACCUACAGGGCAAUGUGUUAGGAUCCUGUGAAAAGUUUGAAGAAAUUCAGAUUGGUGGAGAAAGGUAUAAUUUAUUUACUGGCUGUCCAGAGGCGAGAACUUGUACCCUUAUAUUAAGAGGAGGGGCAGAGCAAUUUAUUGAAGAAACCGAGAGAUCGCUUCACGAUGCUAUUAUGAUUGUCAGGCGAGCCAUGAAGAAUGAUGCAGUUGUGGCAGGUGGGGGAGCUAUCGAGAUGGAAUUGAGUAAAUACCUGAGGGAUUUUUCGAGGACCAUCGCGGGUAAAGAACAACUCAUGAUCAGUGCAAUGGCAAAAGCUCUGGAGAUCAUUCCACGACAGCUCUGUGAUAAUGCAGGGUUUGAUGCCACAAACAUUCUCAACAAACUCAGACAGAGCCAUGCAGAAGGAGGUGUAUGGUAUGGUGUUAAUAUAAUGAGUGAGGACAUUUCUGACAACUUUGAGAGUUGUGUAUGGGAACCUGCUGUUGUCAAAAUAAAUGCUAUCACUGCCGCGUCAGAAGCCACCUGUCUCAUCCUCUCUGUGGACGAAACGAUAAAAAAUCCCAAGUCCGGUGGAGACGCUCCAGGUGGCCCAGGAAUGGGGCGUGGUAGAGGAAGACCCAUGUGAGGAUCAUGGUUAAUAGGAACAAAUUGUGAACAAAAUGGAUUUCAAGUCUUUGUUAAUUCUUGAAAAUACAGAUCUGGAAAUAUGGCAAUCUAAAAUUGAGAUGCCCUUAUAACUUUUUAAAGAUUGAAACUUCAAGAGCAGUGGCAGACUUGUAAGGAAAAAAUUUGAAAAAAAAAAUAUACUGUGUUUCUUCUGUCAAGGGACUGCAGCCCCUGAGGCUGUAGUACUUAAUUAGUGUGAAAUCCCCAUGGAGUAUGAAAGACUGACAAUUUAAGUGAGAGCUGUGAUGAGUUAUAGUAUUUAAUUGUAUGAUAUUUUUUACAAUGAAUGAAUAAAUAUAUCUGAAUUCAAA